UCCCAGCCUUAAGUGGUUUGGAGCAUCCUCCUCAAGGUACCGGUCUAUUGAAUUAAGCCCCAUCCCUGGGAGAGGUGAGCAGUGCCAUUGCGGGGCACCUUAGCCUGGGCACAUCAAUGUGGUGUUAGUGGUGACAGAGGAGGAGGAGGAGGAUCAAGAUUCAUCGGGCAGGUGCUGUCAGAAAACACCCCUCCUUCCCUCCCUCCCUCUACACCCACCGCCAGCUGGGGAGGGGUCUCUCCCCUCUACAGAUCAUCUGAACCUUUUCUUCCCCAACACAUCUCUUCAUUUCUAGCACGAAACCUCAGCCAAGAAUCCUCAUGAAGGGCGAGACCCCCGUGAACAGUACCAUGAGCAUCGGGCAGGCCCGUAAGAUGGUGGAACAGCUGAAGAUCGAGGCCAGCAUGUGCCGGAUAAAGGUCUCCAAGGCCGCCGCCGAUCUGAUGACUUAUUGCGACGCCCACGCCUGCGAGGACCCUCUCAUCACUCCUGUGCCCACUUCCGAAAACCCCUUCCGAGAGAAGAAGUUCUUCUGUGCCCUGCUCUGAGCCAGAUCACCCCCUGCCCCGCCGCACUCCCACCUCCAACCCCUCGGGGCC